AUGAUCUAUCGAAGACUGACGGAAGGCGACCAAAUUCUCAAGGAAAUGGAAAGUGUCUUACUUGACGAAUCCUCAGAGAUGUUCUUAUGGGUAUACCUCCAAAUCGAGAUCCUGUGGGAUACCUGCAUCACAGAUGCCGAAAUUCGUCGUGCUUUGGCUUCUUUGUCGAAAGAUCUUGAAGAAACCUAUCGCCGUUUCAUGAACAGAAUUAACUUACAGGAUAGACGGAUCAUAAUGUCUCUCACUUGGGCAAACUUUGCAGUAAGGCCGUUACAUAUUGACGGAUUUCGGGAAGCGGUUGCCUUUACUGCUGAGGACACUGCAUGGGACAAGGGAAAGUCCCUAGAAUCCUCCAUUCCGGAACUUCGGGAAGCCUUUCAAGAUGUCGACCAUAAUUGUGGCCAGCUAUGUAUCUCAUAUCUGUCAUUCUCUGACUUCAGUCUCCAACUCGAUAAACCAAUAGACUACACUGUGCAACUAAAAGCUCCGGACGCAUCGUUGUUAGCCGCCACUUUGACCGGAUCUCAAUUGGUGAAGCGACUCUUCCCAAAGACUAGAUUCCAACAAGCUUCUAUCCCUCUACCUAUUCGAUCCAUACGUCCGUACUCUAUCUGCUCGAGGGAACAAUACAAGUUUCUGAAUUACACAACAGAGAACUGGGCCAGGCACACCAAGAAUCUAAAAGCCUCUGACUUUCUAUGGGAGAAGUUUCCUCGACUGGCCUUGACAAUCAACGAAAGCUGGAACAUCCAUCUCUGGAACUCAGGUCGGUCGCAGCUGUCACAUACACAUGCUCUCUUCGGAUGGGCGGUCAAAGAGCACCACGUGCCUCUGUUGCAACUAGUCACGGGGCUCGAGAGCGCAAUUGACCAGAUAUCUAAUCUUCCCUUACUCGAGGAAAAUAUCCCAGCGCUCCAUCUCGCCUCUAAGAUCGGCUAUGACGAGGUAGUAGAGAUAAUUCUGCCUGCUUGCGACAAAAAAAAGCUUGACAUGAAGGGAAUUGCACCUCUGCAUUAUGCCGCCAUGAAAGGGAAUUUGCUUGUUGCUCUACGGCUAUCCAAAAUCAUCGGAAUUGAGCUCGAUGUGCGGUCCAAGUACCUCGAGACGCCGCUCUGGCUAGCUGUCUAUCAAGGAUGGGAGGAUAUUGUCGUUAUGCUUCUAUUUCGAGGAGCAGACAUCGAACUCAGUAACCUCGAAGGACGGACGCCCCCUAUGGUGGCUUCUGCUGCUGGCCAUGUGGCCAUUGUGAAUCCGCUCAUCCGUAAUGGCGCCAAUACCUCACGUCCGGACUUGGAUGAAAUAGCUUUCGCCAUCGAAAAGUCCUAUCCCGAGGCAAUUGCGUCCAUGCUACGAAAGGGACUCGAUCCGGAUACGUUCUUACAUCAAGAGAAGCCCGACCAACCCGGAACACUUUUGGCUUGGGCUGCCGGAUACAGACAAAAGUCCCUUGCCCAACUUCUUAUCGACAAAGGGGCGAGUGUCAACUUGGAAGAUGAGAACGGGUGGACAGCUCUCACAUUCGCUUCUUCAACAAAAGGCCAGUCGGAAAUCGCAGAGCUUCUUAUUCAUCAUGGAGCUCUGGUCAAAUACUCCCGCCAGAAUAUGUUGAUGUCACUGUUGGAGAGACCCCUGAAUCCCACUCAAGACAAAAGGUCUCAAUGA